CUCUCGCUCUCAUCGUCUCCUCUCUCUCUCUCUCUCCCAUGUCUCCGAGCUCUCUCUCUCCUCCUCUCUCUCUCCUCUCCCCGCGAUGAUGGAGACGAUGCCCUCUUCAUCGUCGCCGUUGGAUUCGCUGAAUCAACCGCUCAGGAUCGCCUACGUCGUGUUCGCCUUUUGCUCCGCUUUUUUCCUCGGAGGCCUCAAAGCAUUUUUGGUGGGUCCUAUUGCGGCGGCGCUUCUUAUAAUUGGAAAUUUCGGGGUGAUACUUGGCCUCUUCCCUGCUCAUGUUGGGUGGACCGUUUACUCUAUCAUUAAGACCAACCGUGUCAAUGCAGCUCUCAAAUUCGCUCUACUUUUAGCUCUGCCAACAUUGUUUGGAUUAUGGCUAGCUCUCAGCAUUUCUGGAAGUGUCUUAGUCGGGCUCGGUUACGGCUUCUUUACGCCGUGGGUCUCCACUUUUGAGGCCUUUCGAGAGGAUAGUGAAACCAAGAAGUUCCUCCACUCUGUUGUGGAUGGAACUUGGGGCACAAUCCGAGGGAGUUGCACGGUGGUUAGGGACUUUGCAGAUAUGUGCUACCACUCCUACCCGCUCUACCUGAAAGAAUUUCGCGAGAGCCCUGCUAAUCUUCAGCCCUACUCAAUCAGGUUGCUGUAUGUGCCUGCUUGUAUUCUUGUUGCUCUGCUGGGCUUAACAGUGGACGUGCCGCUUUACACCAUCAUAGCUUUAAUAAAGAGCCCUUAUAUGCUUUUCAAGGGGUGGCAGAGGUUGCUUCAUGACUUGAUAAGUAGAGAAGGGCCAUUUCUUGAAACAGUUUGUGUGCCAAUCGCUGGUCUCGCUAUUCUUCUGUGGCCUCUCAUUGUCGUUGGAAGUGUUCUCUUGGCUAUUGUCUCAAGCAUUUUCAUUGGACUCUAUAGCUCAGUUGUUGUGUAUCAGGAGAGGUCUUUCCGAAGGGGAGUCGCUUUUGUAGUUGCCAUGGUUUCGGAGUUUGAUGAGUACACUAACGAUUGGCUCUAUCUGAGAGAAGGGUCUAUCCUUCCAAAGCCCCGAUACAGAAAGAGGAAACAAUCUCGCUCAGAAGAGUUUUCUGUAGGACCCACUGUUGCUAAAGGAGAGGCCUCCACUUCUGGUUCGUCUGGAGCUCCUGGUUUGUUGGUGCCGAAGCUGGCCCCUUCAAGAUCGGUUAGAGAGGCAAUACAAGAAGUGAAAAUGGUACAGAUAUGGGAGAAUAUGAUGAAAUCAUGCGAAAUGAGGGGAAGAGAACUCAUUGAUUCAAACUCUAUAACGUCGGUUAAUCUAAUUGAGUGGUUGGGAACAAAGGGAAAUAGCCAAGAAUUUGUGGGCCUCGGGCUACCUUCUUAUGCUUUCCUCCAAUCUCUCCUCUACUCUAUCAAGUGCGGUUCGAGCGGACUAUUGCUAAGUGGCGGUAUUGAGGUCAACCAUCUCAAUCGCCCGCAGGAUCGGGUCGUCGAUUGGUUCUUUCACCCUAUCAUGGUUUUGAAGGAUCAAAUCCAGGUCUUGAAACUGAGGGAGGAGGAAGUGAGUUUAUUGGAAAAACUAGUUCUCUAUAUUGGUAAUAGUCAAAGUGCUAGUGCAUCGAGUAGUAUUCCGGUUAUCCCUCAAGAUGCUCUCAGGCUUGCUCAGAUUCAGGCCAUUAGCAGAAGGUUAGUCGGCAUACAAAGGAGCAUAUCGAAGUUCCCGACAUACAGAAGGAGAUUCAGGCAUGUAGUGAAACUGCUUCUCGCGUAUUCUCUCUCUCGAGAGGGGUUAGAUGGCUCACAUUCAACUACGUCGGCCUCUUCGAAUGAAAUUGUGAUAGCUGAAGCGUAGUGAUCUUUUCUUUUACUUCAUGUAUAUUACCAUUUAAUUGAGUGCUUUAAUUUGUGAUUGAGGCCUACGUAAUACUUUUUUGUUAGUUUAGUGUGUAAAGUUUAAGAAAGAGGUAGUGUCAGCGCAAGGAAAAGUUAUUUAUGGGCACUGUAAUAUCUAAGUUGUGAAAUUCUUGAGCUCAGUUACAAAAUUGCGAAAAGAACCUGACUCUUGUAAAUAUGUUUCUUUUUAGACUUAAUACAGAAAAGAUUUAUUCUUUUUUUUUUUU